UGAAACGUAGAUUAUAUUCAUUCAAGACGUUAAAACACUCUGCAUUCCGUAAUUUUCUGAAGCUGAUUUUGUUUACGUGAAUAAUACAGCAAUAUAAAACCUGAAUUUUCCAAACAAAAACAAACCAACCAGGAACCAGCACUGCACAUCCAAAUUUGAAGGGUGGUUUUGUUUUGUUUGCUGCCGGCCUGCUGGCGAUGAAUCUCUAGUGGGGUUUUCUGGUUGGGGAAUUCAGAGCUCGAUCUGCUGCAAUUUCAUGGCCGUUCUUCUCUGAAUUUCUUGACUGCCAUCUCUAAUACCCUUAAUGGAGAUUCCAAAUAAAAUGGAGGCAAAGGAUGCUGAAAGUCAUAUGAUAUCAGCUGCUGCAUUUGUGGAAGGGGGAAUACAAGAGGAUUAUGGCGAAGCCUGCAGCAUAUGCCUUGAUGAGUUUUGUGACAGUGAUCCAUCAGUGGUUACUUCUUGCAAGCAUGAGUUUCACCUCCACUGCAUCCUUGAGUGGUGCCAGCGAAGCUCUCAAUGUCCCAUGUGUUGGCAACCCAUUAGCUUGAAGGAUCCUUGCAGUCAAGAAUUACUGGAGGGAGUAGAACGGGAGAGAAGAUUUAGGGAGACAGCAAGAAAUGCAACUAUAUUUCAUCAUCCCACCCUUGGCGAUUUUCAAUUUCAGCAUUUACCUGUGGGUACUACCAAUGCUGAACUUGAAGAGCGCAUCAUUCAGCACUUGGCCGCUGCUGCUUCUAUGGGAAGGGCCCAUCACCAUGGUAGAAGGGAAAGCCAUCGGAGCCGAUCAUCUGCUCGUGGUCAUCCACACUUCUCGGUACCUUCUACACAUCCUAGUGCAUCUCCUCUUGGUCCUGUUCAUGCCCCAGGAGGGGACGGUGAACCAGCUGAAAUAACUGUAGCAAGUCCAUCUACCCCACUUACUUCAGAUGUGGAUGAAUCAUCACAAAGGAGUGCACAAUAUCCUUCUGUUCAGACUGAUGGAAUUUCUUCCUCACCAUCUGGGUCUUCACGCAUGCAUAGAAAUCGUCAAGGAAAUUCCUCUAGUCAUUGGAGCUCUACUAGCCAUGCCUCAUCGUUGGAUCAGGACAGAGCAGGACCAUCAGAACUUCACUCUCUUUCAGAGUCUCUGAAAUCUAAGUUUAAUUCCAUGUCAAUGAGGUACAAGGAAUCAUUUUCGAGGAGUACACGAGGAUUGAAGGAGAGGCUGUUCUCCCGUAGCCCUUCUAUGUCGGAACUCAGUUCUGAAGUUCGUAGAGAGGUUAAUGCUGGAAUUGCCACCGUAUCUCGAAUGAUGGAGCGCCUUGAGACAAGAGACAAUAGUACAGACAACCAGUCUUCUGUAGUGAAUCAGAAUCCAGAUGGUUCUGCUGCAGAGCAGAGGAACCAGAACCGUGCAGAGAUCCGUGGAGAAAACCCUUUGAGCGACAACAAUAGGCCUGGUACUACUUGUGCCGCAGGUUCCACUUCACAUUGAUCUGCUAUUAAUUGUUUCAGCAAUGCAUCUAUCCUCAGCAUUUCAUAAUUAAGGUUGUUACCCUUUGCUCCAGACAUGGGAUGCUGAGGUUGAGAUGCUUUGCACUUCAGGCCGGAGUUAAAGGAUUCGGGUAUGUCAAAACUAUCUCGAUUGUGGUCUGAAUUCAAAUAAAGAGGAGGUCUUGACAGAAGAGCAAUUAUCUGGACACAUACAUUCUACAAAUGGGUAUAUCUAUGUAUAUAUUUUCAUAUAUAACCCGUCGUAUAGUGCUUUAAUUAUGUAUGGAUGGUCUAUGUUGGCACUGAACUGUUUUGGAUGCUAAGGAGAAAUGUUAUGGAAGCGUUUCUGAGUCUA